AUGCCAAAAUCCCGCAAGCACAAGUCGAAGCCUUCAAUUCAGAUUCCGAACGCAGGGUCCAAGCCAGACUCACAGGCCCCUUCAGCUUCCGCCUCGAACCCCGUCACACCAAUCACCCCAAAAACACCUGCCGAUGAAGGCAUAGAGUUCUUCCAGGCCCAUGUCCACCCGGGCGAGCACCCCAUACGCGUGUACGAGCUGAGGCUUGAUCCAGACGGUGGUCCCAGUAAAGAGCUCUCGUACAUUCGUCUUCCUCCCGCAUACACGCCGUACAUCUUGCGCGUUUCGCUCCAGGCCGGUACUCCUGCUUCCAAGAAUGGCGUGUUCAAAACCAACUUCCCUCUCGAUGGUGGUGCGUUUGGGCGAGAGAGCUUCACACAGCGAAAGCUACCUCAGGACUUUUCCAAGCCCAUUCAAGUUGAUUUGCCGAUAUCGCACGCUGGCGCGUUUGUGUAUUGGGUGGAGUAUGACGGAAGCCCAGGCGAGAGGAUCAAGGGUCGCUCGGGCUACUUCAACAUUGAUCCCAUACUCAAGAUAAAGGAGAGGACUCCCAUCUUAGACUCCAACCUUCAUGUCCUACCUCCCAACAAGGGCGCCAUCCUCAAGAAUGACUAUGUCAACCUGCCACUCGAUGGUCUCGCCAUUCUCACUGUUGUAUCGAAAUGGAUGGGCCCGCUGAACAACUGGAGUAAACACUUUGCAGAGGCGAAGGAGAGGGGAUAUACCAUGCUCCACUACACUCCGCUACAAGAAAGAGGAGAGAGCGACAGCCCGUAUUCCAUUCGCAACCAGUUGAAGUAUGACGCCAGUCUCUUCAACAAGGAUCUUGGCGAACACGCUGGAACGAAGAAGAUAGAGGAUAUUCUGCAGGUUGGGCGUGAAGAAUAUGGGUUGUUGAGCUUGACAGAUGUCGUGCUUAACCACACUGCCAACGAUAGUCCUUGGUUGGUGGAACACCCAGAAGCAGGAUUCAGCCCUGCUAAUACUCCCCAUCUCGCCCCUGCACUCGAGCUGGAUUCUGCUAUUGUCGAAUUUUCGGGCUCUCUUGUCUCAAAUGGGCUCCCUACCACUGUUUCUUCGGAAGAUGACAUCAAUGUCCUCAUGAAUGCCUUUGAGAAAGUGGUUCGAGGCCUCAGUCUUUGGCAAUACUACGUGCUGGACACCACUCGCGAGAAAGAUUCUGUCAAAGCCGCCCUCGCAUCUGGCAAAAUCGAGCCUUGGAGUGGGCCGACCGUUAAGGGGAAGGAUGUCGGCAGCCUGGCCGACAUUCUACGGGAAGAGAAGAAGAUCAAUGGCCUUGGUAAAUUUGCCUCUCGGUCGGGCGUAGGAGUGGAUGGUGGCGUAGCUGCGGGAUUCGUUCAGGCCGCCUUUUCUGAGCUUCAAGACAAGGAAGCCCUUGCUAACGCUUGGAUCAGAGUAGUGGACGUUUUGAACGUUCCAUUAUAUCGAGAAUGGGAAGACGAUACCAAUGUGGCCCUUUCGAAUGUCGGGAACAGACUCAAGUACACAAGAUUGGACGCCCAUGGUCCAAAAUUAGGCGAGAUAUCGAAGACGAACCCAGUUGUUGAACUGUACUUCACUCGACUAUUCCCUACACCCAACGCAGACCCUCUUGUUUAUUCUCUUGCGAACAAUGGAUGGAUCUGGAAUGCCGACCCACUUCAAAACUUUGCUCUUCUACCAUCCAAGGCGUAUCUUCGCCGCGAGGUUAUUGUCUGGGGCGAUUGCGUCAAGCUUCGAUAUGGCUCACAACCAUCUGAUAACCCUUGGCUGUGGUCACACAUGACGUCGUAUGUCUGUGCCCUGGCGCGUACAUUCGAAGGAUUCCGGAUCGACAACUGCCAUUCGACGCCCCUGGAGGUCGGAACGCGUAUGCUGGAUGCAGCGCGUGUUGUUCGUCCUGAUUUGUAUGUUUGUGCCGAGCUGUUCACUGGUAGCGAAGAUAUGGACCUCGUCUUCGUUCGCGAGCUGGGCAUCAACAGCUUGAUUAGAGAAAGCUAUAACGGGUGGGAUCCGAAGGAGCACUCGAGGCUGUUGUACCGACAUGGUGUUGGGAAGCCGAUUGGUUCUAUGGAUGGCGCCUGCAUGGUCAGCAAGGAGGAUAUUCCGAGCCCAACAGGUAAAGGCCCGGUACGGACGGGUAUCGUUACACCGUUGAAUGGCUCGCUGCCGCAUGCUCUUUUGUACGAUUUGACCCACGACAACGAAUCACCCCUCGACAAACGAUCUGCGGAGGAUGCUUUGUCCACUGGAGCCCUUGCAGCAUUCAGCUAUUGCGCCAUUGGUAGUGUCAAGGGGUUUGACGAUCUGUAUCCCAAACUCCUCAACUUGGUUCAAGAAAAGAGGCAAUACGAAUUGACUGGCACUGGCCCUUCGAGUGGUAUUGCGAAAGUCAAGAGGGUCUUGAACGAACUGCAUCUAGAGAUGGUCCUUGAAGGCUACGAAGAAGGCCAUGUUCAUCAGGAAAACGAUUACAUCGUUCUCCACCGCGUUCAACCAAUUACUCAAAAGGGCUACCUCCUUGUUGCGCACACCGCAUUCCACAAAGGUUCGAAAAGUCGCGGGCAUAUUGACCCGAUCAAGCUUCGCCGGACAAGGGCAAAGUUUAUUCUUGGGGCAAGCAUCAACAUCUCGUCCUGCGACGUUCCUCAGGAUCUCAAACUCCUCAAAGGGCUGUCGGCGGAACUGGAAGAGAUGCAUUCAGUUGUCGUGCCUCAAGGUCUCGAUCAUGAGGGGCCCUAUGCAGAAAUCAUUGUUCCAGAGAGCUUCCCUCCGGGAAGUGUCAUGGUCUUCGAAACACAGUUGCAACAACACGAUCCUGAACUUGACGCCUUUUGUGCUUCUGGGGCGCAAGACGCUUUCAGUUCGGUUGAUUUGGUUGAUUUGAACGUGAUCUUGCAUCGGGCCGAUGUGGAAGAGCGGGACGCGACUGACGGCGUCUUUGGUGCAUAUGAGGUCCCUGGGCUGGGAAAGAUGGUGUAUUGCGGUUUGGAAGGUUGGAUGCACCCGUUGAGGCAUAUCAUGCGACAUAAUGAUCUCGGCCAUCCGUUGUGUGCUCAUCUGAGAGAAGGAAGUUGGGCAUUGGAUUACGUCCAUCAGAGAUUGACGCACCAACUGGAGACCUUCCCGAAUCUCGCGAAACCUGCAGAAUGGCUCAAAGAACGAUUUGACCGUGUCAAGGCGUCAGUUCCCAACUAUAUGCGGCCCAAAUAUUUCGCACUCGUUAUUUCGGAAGCUUACAGGGCAGCCCGUCGUGCCGUUGUCGAGCAAUGCUCAGACUUUGUGACGGAUGGCCAUGCUUUCACUCAAGACCUCGCAUUAUGCUCAAUUCAAAUGCAUGGUCUCAUCAAGUCUGCGUCGCUUGACCCCGGAAAACCAACACCCUCUCUCGCCGCUGGGCUGCCGCAUUUCACGACGGGAUGGGCUAGAUGCUGGGGUCGCGAUGUGUUUAUCUCUCUGAGCGGCCUUUUCUUGACCACAGGGAACUUCAAAGAAGCGCGCAACCACAUACUAGCGUUCGCAUCUACGUUGAAGCAUGGUCUUAUUCCCAACCUUCUGGACUCAGUUCGUAAGCCAAGAUACAACUCUCGGGAUUCACCAUGGUGGAUGCUCCAAAACAUACAAGACUAUGCCAAGAGCGCGCCCGACGGACUUUCGAUACUGUCAGACGCGGUCAAACGUCGGUUCCCGAAAGACGACAGCUGGGUUGCCUGGGACGACCCGCAGGCGUAUGCGUACUCGAGCACGAUAGCAGAAAUCAUUCAAGAGAUUCUGCAGCGACAUGCUGAUGGCAUCCACUUCUGCGAAUAUAAUGCUGGCCCAAAUCUCGACAUGCAAAUGAAGGACGAAGGAUUCAACAUCGAUAUUGAAGUCGACUGGGAAACAGGCCUCAUCCUUGGAGGAAAUAAGCACAACUGCGGGACGUGGAUGGACAAGAUGGGCGAAUCCGUCAAGGCGGGUACGAAAGGUGUGCCAGGCACCCCGCGAGAUGGUGCUCCAGUCGAAAUAACGGGGCUGUUGAAAAGUACGCUUCGGUGGUUGAGCGAGCUGUCGAGCAAGGGAAAAUUCCCUUUCAAGGGUGUACAGGCUCAGACUAAAGGGAGGGAGUGUCUUGUGACCUAUCAAGAAUGGUCAAAUUUGCUUCAGGCGUCGUUCGAGAAAUGUUACUAUGUGCCCCUUGAUCGACUUGCAGACAAGGACUACAGGAUCGAUUCUGGCCUUGUUAACCGAAGAGGAAUCUAUAAGGAUGUGUACGGAUCCGGAGCAGGACGGGAAUGGUCGGACUAUCAGUUCCGAUGCAACUUCCCGAUCGCGAUGACGGUCGCUCCAGAGCUGUUCGACGAGAAACACGCCCUUGGUGCCCUUCAAUUGGCAGAUCAAGUCUUGCGAGGGCCUCUUGGUAUGAAGACGCUGGAUCCUUCAGACAUGCAAUACCGGCCCAUCUACGACAACUCCAAUGACUCUGACGACGCCUCUAUAGCGAAAGGCUUGAAUUACCACAAUGGCCCGGAGUGGGGAUGGCCGCUGGGGUACUUCUUGCGUGCGUACCUAUACUUCGACACCCGAGUGGGUCUUGGGAAAGAUGAUCCAAAGGAGACGCUGCAUUACCUGCAUCGCGUGUUGCUUGCGCCACGCAAACACGUAGAGAACGACCCAUGGCGUGGACUUCCAGAGCUGACGAACGAAGGAGGAGCAUACUGCAGGGACUCUUGUCCGACACAGGCGUGGAGUGCAAGCACGCUGCUGGACUUUUUGGCUGCUGUCCGAGAUUAG